AUGUCUCUUUUCCCGGCUUAUGUCGAAGUUGUAGGAUUUAAAGAGGACCAACUUUCAAAUACAGAAAAAAGGCUGUCGUCUCAUGACAUUACUGAGGCGAUGGAAGUACAGUUGCUGUCCAGUGAUGUUGAAGAUGAUGCAGUGGCACAUGAUAGAAGUUGUAAACCACUUUUACAGUCAACAUUAUCUUCAGAUGACUUUUAUUUAGAUUGCAAGGUGGACUAUGGAAAUUUGCAUGUUUCUACACUUUAUUAUCCAGGUAGACCACAAUACAACUACACUAACUCUCUGACAAUUGGAUCGAAACAAAGUAAAAAAGACGAAAAGAAAAGGUGGAAAAGAUAUUUUUCUAAAGAAAUAACAGAUGAAUCCGAUAGUUUAACGGAACGGCUCAUCGCCUACCGCAAGCUUCUCACCGAGACGCCGGACGAUCUUCAGCUUUGGGAAGCUUACAUCGACUUCAGGGAGGUGUGCGAGAGCGUGGAGGGAGCCCUCGAAGCGGCGCGGGAGGCGGCCGGCCGGUUGCCCGAUUCCGUCCGCCUCAGGGAGAGGCUCCUCGACCUCAUGCAGACCGCGCUGCCUCGCCGGCGGUACGUCGAAGAGCUGCGGGAAUCGCUCCGGAAAGAGCGGCGCCCCUCGGUCCGCACGGAGACGUGGGCCCGCCUCGUCGCUGCCGCGGGGGCGGAGGGCGAGGCGACGGAGACGGCGCGAGCGGCCCUGGCCGACUGCGGUCGACGCCCGGCCGCCGCGCUGCGACUGCUGCACGCCUUCGGCCUGGGCCUGCGCUCGGCGGGGCUGUGGGAGAGGCUGGUGCUGGCCGUCGAGCUGCUCGUGGCCAUGAACCUUCCCGCGCCCGAGUUCCCGCCCGCGUUCUCCGAGUCCGACGCGGCAGAGCGACGUCUGCUCGACCUCGAGGACGAGGCCGUCCGCAGCGGGUUGCCCGUCGGCGUGGUGUGGACGCGCGUGGAGCGAGCGCGGGCCGCGGCCCACUGGCGCCCCGCCGCCCCCCGCGCCUCCGACGCCGACCCUCAGCGCGCGCCCCUGCCGGCGGACGUGGCCGACCUGCUGCUGCCCGUCGUCGGCGACGCCGACGUCGCCGGCCUCGCGGUGCGGUUGCUGCUGCUCGCCAAGGUGCCUCUGCUGCCGGCGACGGAGGCGGCGGCGCGGGCGCUCGGCGAGCGGGACGGCACGGCGGAGGCCCUUCUCGCCCUCGCGUCGGGGCGGGGCGCACGGCCCGACGAGCCUCCGGCGGCCGCCGCGCUGGAGGCGCUCGCCGAUCCGCCGCACUAUUUCGCCGACGACACCGGGUACGGCACCUGGGUGUCGGCGCUGUGGGAGGCGUGCUGCUCGGCGUGCGGCGGCGCCCGGCGCGAGGCUCUCGUCUGCUGGCGGUUGCGCUGGCUGAGGGCGCUGCUCCUGGCCACGCCGCCGGACCGCCGCGCCGAGCGGGCCGCGCUGCGACGUCGGGCGCGCGGCGUCCUGAAGCGGUCGGCGCCGACUUCGCCGAUGGCGUUCGCCGAGUUCGCGCUGCUGGAGGCGGACGCGGCGCGCGGCGAGGGCGUCGAGGACGGCGCCGAGAGGGCGAGGGCGGCGGCCGCGCACGCGCUGCGCGCCGCACUCGCCGACGACGACGCGCCCCCCGAGGACGCGAUCUACGUCGCCAGGGUGACGGGCGAAGUGAGCGGGGCGGAGGCCGGCGAGUGCGCGACGGUGCUGGCGGUGCUGCGCCGACCGCCGCCGCCCACGCUCGGCUUCUCGCCGCCCGACGCCGCUUCGAAGGCCGCCGCCCUCGCCGCGUGCGAGGAGCGGUGCGUCGAACUGGAGCGGAGCCUGAGCGAGACGACGGAAGAGGAGACGACGGACGUGACGACGUUUCUGCGCCCGAGCUCGACCGAGUGGGCGCGAGCGAGAGUCGCGCUCGCGUCGCCCUCUCGACGCCGCGAACUGCUCGCGCGGCUGCUGCACGCGCAGGCGCAAGUGGCCAACACCGAAGGAGACGCCCUGCGAUACUACGAGGAGACCGCGAGCGAGCUCGUCCGGCGGGGCGCCGCCGCGGGGGCCGAGCACCGCCUGGCGCGGCUCUACCCCGGCAACGCGCACCUCAACCUCGGUGAGUCCGCCGCCGUCCGACGCCGGCGCACCGUUCUUCCGAGAGCUGACGCCUUCUCCUCUCCGGCAGCGAGCGCCUCCGCCCGACGGACCCCGAGCGUGCAGUGGCGCCUGAGCGCGGUGGCUCCUCCGCGGUCGCCGACGGCCGCCCUCGCCUCGCUGCUGCCGACCUUCCUGCGUGCGUCGUAUCGGGACUGGCCGCCAGUCGAGACGGCGCGUGCGGUGCGAGCGGCCCGGCGGGCGACCGGCGGAACGGGCGGCGUGGCGAGCGGCGGAUCGGCGUGGGCGGCUAGACUCGAGGCGGAGGCGCGCGCCGCCGACCCGAAGACCAAGCGAGCCCUUCUGACCGCGCUGCAGCUGACUCCGCACGAUAAGUGGCUGCACGUGCGAGGGGCGCGCUGCUGCGGCGAGGAGGCCGAGGUGUUGGCGGACGCGCUGCUCGAGAAGCAGCUGCGGCUGCACGCGCUGCCCGACGAGCUGCGGUCGCUCGACGGACCUCCGGCUUCGGGAGUCUCUUAG